UCGCCCAGUGCUCGGCGCCGACUACCCAGUGAGGGACGUGUCGCCUGAAAUAUCAUCACCCCAGUGACAAAAACGACAUUCACGACCGGGAAAGUGCCGAGCGAUGCCACGGCCGACGCGCGAGUCCUACGGAGACCAGAAACCGCCUUUCUCCUACAUAGCCCUGACUGCGAUGGCGAUUUGGAGCUCGCCCGAACGGAUGCUCCCGCUGUCGGAAAUAUACCGCUUCAUCACGGAUCGCUUCCCAUAUUACCGGAGGAAUACACAACGGUGGCAGAAUUCGCUGCGUCACAAUCUCUCCUUCAACGAUUGCUUCGUGAAAGUUCCCCGUCGCCCCGACAGACCCGGCAAAGGAGCCUACUGGACGUUGCAUCCGCAAGCGUUUGACAUGUUUGAAAAUGGGUCGCUGCUGCGGCGUAGAAAGCGCUUUAAGUUGCACAAAGGUGAAAAGGAUAGCUUAAACGCGGAGCUACAAGCGCUGGCGAGCUUCAACAGAGCUUUCUUAGCGCGGCAGGCGAGCUCCGCGCCGAGCAUCUCCGGCGGGAUGUACGCGCCGGCCGUCACGCUGUGUCCUAGACUGAGCCCAGAGCCCGAGGCGCCGGACACGGCGGCCAUGCUGCCGGCAGGUCCGAGACCGCGCCGGGCUUUCACGAUAGACGCAUUACUAGAACCAGAACCACGGAGAUCGCCCUCUCCCCAGCCGGCACUCCAGCACCCUCACUGUCCCCUGCCGCUGCCGCCAGCGCCGUACAUCUUGGCGGCGCAGCGGUACCACGCUGAGCUUCUAGCUGGACUGCAGCAGUCAUGUUUACCGCCUCUCUGGACGUGGAGAGACACGAGUCAAUUUUCACAUUAUACGCUUAAUUCAUGAAUGGUACAUGGGUUAAGAAGAGAAGUCGCGAAGAUAAUCUAGUUAUAAGGAACUGUAUAGGCAUAAUAUAUUACGCCUAAAUUAGACUGUGUAUAGUGGAAUAAAUGUUAGUAUCGUGGCGUGGGUGAAUUCAAAGUUUUACGGGAAAACGUUAAAGUUAUCAGCUGAAACACCGACUGGAGGGAAAUUGAAUCGAUUUUUCAAACGAAAUUUCAACGAAGCUUAAUAUCUGAAAAUUUUGAAGAUCAACUUAUAGAUUUUUAGGUAGGGACAGGGGUUACAAAUUUUAUUUGAUUUCUUGAAAUUUUAAUUUAGAAAUAUUGUAAAUUAGUAGAUUAUUAUAAUUAUGAUUAUUUUACGAAACUGUGAUACUUGUGUUAGAUUCAAAUUGUAAAUAUGUACAGAUUAUUACGUAAUUAGUACCUACCUAUAUAGUAUACUAUAUACUAUAGUAAUUAAUAUAAUUACUACCUACUAUGAAAAUAAUUUAUUGUAGUUUUAUCAAAAUACACUAUGUAUGUUAUAAA